AUGGCAAUUUCGGUGUCUCAAGCCUUCAAGGCGGCCGCGGCCUCAACCAUGUACGAUGGUUGCCUCUCGUCGCUUCCCCCACGUCUGUCAGCCGUGGCGUCGCAGCUUUAUCUCCCUGCAAGGCCCACCCGGGUCCUUAACCUCGCUUGCAGUUCUUCUUUUUCGUCUUCUUCUUUCUCCUCCUUUCCAUCGCUUCGCCUGCUCAGGAAGUCUUCCGGCCUGGGCCCCUUUGCAGUCCAGACUUCGAACUGGACUGUGGAUGGAACAGAAGCUGGGCUCUCAGAAUGGGGAGGGGAGGAGGGCUCUUACGCAGAGCCGCUUGAGGAGGCAAAACUCUUUGUUGGGAACCUUUCUUACGACAUGGACAGCGAGAAACUUGCGCAGCUCUUUCAGCAGGCGGGCGUCGUCGAAGUAGCCGAGGUGGCACAAAAUCCUUAGCUGUACUUUAUUUUUGGUCCAUUUGAUUUUAGGAUUAUUUUCUCAUAAUGACUUCUAUUCGGAAACCAUUACUUGGAAUGCUCAGGUGCAGCCUCUGUCAAGAGCAUUUUCAUUCCCAAAACCUUCACGAUAUGACAUCUACUUUGUGGUCGUCCUGUAGGUUGUUUAUAACAAGGAAACCGGUCGGAGUCGUGGUUUUGGGUUUGUGAACAUGAGCACAGUUGAAGAGUCUGAAAGAGCCAUCGAGAAGUUCAAUGGAUAUGUAAGUGUUUGCCCUUAAUUUUGUCAUUGAGAGCUGUCUAUUUGACAUCCUAAUAACCUUUUCUGUGAUAAACCAGAUGAAUGACGACUCAUUGCUUCUCUUCCUUCUUGACUUCGCGCUCUGAAAGCUAACUUUGAUGACUAAUCUUUUUUCUUUCUGUUUUGAUGUGAUUUCUUUCCACGUUGAUGGUUUUAAUUUUCCUGGUCUCCCGCACAUUCUCUUGCUUUGAGUUUUAUUUUUUAACAUAUCUUUCUUGUCCUGUGCCUUGAUUAGGCCAUAGGAAUUUCUGUUCUGGGUUUGUAGUUCAACAUAAAGAGGUUAUCUGUUUGGUGCCAAGCGCCAAGAAUUUUACUGUGCGAGAGUUUUCUUUGGAUCUAAGGAUAACUGCUUGGUCAGUCAUGUACUCUAUGUAGGGUCCAGAGGUGUUAAGUUUACGUAUCAAUCCAUGGGCUUCAUUAGCUGUUUCUUGGUCGACCUAGUGAGCUAGUUUUCAGUAUCCUGAUCAUAAUGCUAUCCUCAUUCAGUUUGCCUACCUUCGCUUCCGAGCAAGCUUUUCCAAUUCGCAUACUCUCUGGACGUGUGAAGAUUCUUGGACAUCAAGUCCUGCAUUUCUCUGUGAAAUUGAAGGAAUGUGUCUCUAAUCUGUUUCCUGCUUGCAUAUGCGGAUCAGGAUUAUCUGAUUAAGUGAUUGCCAUGUGAUGAAAAUCCGUCUUAUCAGUAAUGGUGCUUGUGUCUUAGGAAGUGUCCGAUAAGGUCUGUUAUCAAUAGAUGGGAAUCUGUCGCUCAGACAUUAUUUGAGUGACACCCAUUUUGGGUGUGAGGUAUAUAGUUGAAUCAAGUGCCUGGAUACAGUCUUACCCUCGUGGUAAGUUUGUCUUGGUCAAUGCCUCUAUUGAGGGCUUGGGUGGUAGGAUAUCUUCCCAAGGCAGACCGAAAUGGGUACAACAGUUUGUUUCCUUCACGUCAGCUUCUUUUCUACAGAACUAAGAAGUAACUUUUUUCUAAAUUUGAUCGUGAAUUGCCAUUUUGUGGUCAAAACUUCAUUGAUGAUUACAGAAAUGUAAUAAUAAUGGAGGUCACCAUCAAUGUAGAAGACUGCUUAGAAUGGCUGAUGGUGGCUUCGGUUAUCAUUACCUUCCAUCAAAUAUCAAGAUUACGAGGGACUCAAAACUAUGAGUAAUCAAUCUUAUCAUUCAAGUCGAGCAGUUGUCCACCAAUGUCUAGAGGUAAUUUUGGGAGUUGUCCCUGGUUGCAUGAUCCAUGUCACGCACCAAAUAAUUAGUGUUUCAUCCCCUUCCGUUUUGUGUUUUCAAGUAAAGCGUUUUGUGGAGAGUUCGUAUCAUGCAGGUAGCCAUUCAUAAACCUUUACCAAGUUCUUUGAUGCCUCUUUGGACGUUAAAUGCGACAGUUUAGUGGCAUAAGCUGUUUGAUGAUAUCGGAGAGCAUCUUAUUUGGUCUCAAAGUUUGAAAGAUAUUGAAAUAAAUCUUAUUGGAUAAGGUUGGGCCUUUUCUUUAAGCAUCUAUCUAGGAAGUGGUUUUCAUGUCGGCCAAAUUACUUCCUAGACACUAUUUUGUUCAAGUAGUAGCCAAAAUGGUGAAAUUGAGUCGGAACUUAGGAUCCUAGUCAAAAUUUUGUACACGAACGAAACUGAAGAAUCAUUACUAUUUUAGGACUUCCUUGUUGUUGAUUUCCAUCAUUAUUUUGUAAAUCAACUCCAGAGUCCUUGUCCAAUUGUAAUUUUUGCGGCCUAUUUUUUUGUCUGGUCAGGAACCCAUCAUCUACAUGAUUGGUUAAUUCAGGUUUCAUUUUCUGAACAUAGGGACCUAUGUAAAGGGAUGAGAUAAAAUCUUAUUGCUAUUGAUCUUUUCUCUGUUUUCCGUGGAGAGCUAUCCUUUUCAUGUGCGAUGAAUGAGAUCUCCACUUUGAUUUGUUGGAGUCCCUCAAAAUGAUGCUAAGGUUAGUUCUCCUCUCCCUUCUUCUUCUUUCUCUUUUCUUUCGAUUUUCACAAUGCCUUUUAACAUUGUGCAUUGCUUUCUUUCAAUCUUUCUUUGUCUGUUGAUCUCUGAAAUACUAGAUUCCCAUAUGAGGCAUCGAAUUAUCCUAAAAUUCUGUUCGUUUUGGCUCUUGAUUUAUGAGGCAAACUAAUAAUAGACCAUCGCCAGACACUAGUACAUGGGUGUUAUUUGAAAGAAGCUUUUUCCCACCCUUCUUUCGAAUGUAAUGCAUCAUUUUGCCUUAAAUUUAGUGCCAGAGUUUAUUGAAUGUUUGACAUACUUUUCAAGGGAGAAAUGGUAAAUAUUGAAUAUCAAAUGACAUUUUUCCGUGUCUCUUGUGUACUAGCAGCUUGAGCGUCAGUUGUAUGCCUAUGAACCAAGAUCGAUAUGUGUUUUCUCUUCUUGAAUAUAGUUUGUUCACACGGAGAAGUUUUUUCAUGGUAGCUGCUACCAAUUUCCCAUAAAACUGUAAGAGUCUUAACCACAAGCAUUCUUUGGGCCUGAAGGUUUAGAAUAAUUCCAUGCUUUGCCUGUGAAUCAUAAAAAUUGAGUCAAAAGGAAUCAUAUAUGAAUGAUAAAAAUUGAUUCCUUUGUGGUCAGUAUUUCAAUAUUGACUCUUUCGAGUGUUUACAUGUGGAUAUUCUUUUCUCCUUCUCCAGUUUUAGUGCUGAAUCCUGUUUUCCUUGACGAAUAAGGCCCAAAACAAUGCAUCUACGUGAUAUUUCUUGGAAUUCGGAUCAAUAACCCUUGCUUGUCUCUGGUUUUCUGAUGAUGUUAUUACUUUGUUAAUAUGUUUAUGGGAAUUACUCUGUGCGUGGCAUGCGAUGAUUGUGGUUUAUUACGUUUUAUAGGCCACAAGGAUAAAUGAUACUCUUACUUUUUGGAUUGAAUUUGCGACAUGCCUCUUGCCUUCUCAUCAUAAUCUAGCUUCCAUUAAUGUUUCUUCAGGAAUUACUCUGCAAUCUUUAAUGCCGCGUUAUAUACUCUCCUUGAUCAUUUAUGAUGUACCUUUAAAUGACGUAGUAAUAGUCAGUUUCAGCAUAGUUUAUGAAUCUAGUUGACUUCAAUAUACUGUCUAAUUUGUCACUCUUUACGUUAAUUCUUCUGUUUUGCCACGACUAGAGUGCAGAGGGGAGGCCUUUGACUGUAAACAAGGCAUCUCCCAGAGGAAGCCGGCCAGAGAGACGGGUGCGGGAGUUCGAGUCCAGGCCCAAAGCCUAUGUUGGUAAUCUUGCCUGGAGUGUUGACGAUGCACGUCUGGAGCAGGUGUUCAGUGAGUAUGGCAAGGUAGUGGAUGCGAGAGUCGUCUGUGACCAGGAGACCGGGCGCUCUCGCGGCUUUGGCUUUGUCACCAUGUCUACCCAAGAGGAAUUUGACGAUGCCAUUGCUAGCCUUGAUGGGCAGGUACAUCCGCUUCCACUAGACCUUUGUGUGCUCGUUUACAGCUCAACUCUGAGUUGAAUUCUUCUUUCCUACCGUCAUCAUAUAACAUGUCGAGCUUCCACCCUGAUUAUUGGACGAGAUUUCUAAACUGUCACAAAACCAGGAGUAGAAAAAAAUAAAGUCUAAGUACCCUUUCUUUUUUUUUUUUUGGGAAAAGUUAAUUCUAUGGGAGAUCCAUCGUUCUCAUGCCUAUGCGUCUGAGGCCUUCAUAUGCUUGAGCUCAUGGUGGGAGGAUUGUUCCAUUUCUGCAGAAUCUGGAUGGGAGGACGAUCAGGGUCAAUGCUGCUGAGAGUAAGCCAAGGCGCAUGUCAUUUUGA